AUGUCAUCUCCCUCCCGUUCGUUGGCCUACCUUGCGCUCUUUGGCGUCGAGGCUCUGGCAGCCACCGUCAGCCAGACGCUAACCAUCUCCAACGCGGAUAUCUCGCCAGAUGGUUUCACUCGCUCUGCUUCCCUCGUAAAUGGAGCGUUCCCUGGUCCCCUCAUCACGGGUAACACGGGCGACAACUUCCAGCUGAAUGUUGUCAACAACCUUGAUGACAGCACCAUGGACCUCGUCACCACCGUUCACUGGCACGGUCUCUUCCAGAAGGGUAGCAACGAGAUGGACGGCGUAGACUCUGUGACGCAGUGCCCCAUCAUUCCGGACAACUCCUAUCUAUACAACUUCAAUGUUCCCGACCAGGCUGGCACCUACUGGUACCACAGUCAUUACCAUAACCAGUACUGCGAUGGUGUUCGUGGCGCCUUCGUCGUAUACGACCCUUCUGAUCCGAAUGCGGACUUGUACGACGUUGACGAUGAGUCGACUGUCAUUACUCUGGCGGACUGGUACCACUUCUCCAGUACCCAGGCUGCGAUCGUUAACACGGCGAACUCCACACUCAUCAACGGAAAGGGCCGUUACACCGACGACGUCGGCAGCGACCUGACGGCAGAUCUCGCGGUCAUUUCUGUCACCGCCGGCACCAAGUACCGUAUGCGUUUGGUCUCAUUGUCCUGCGAUCCUAACUACUUGUUCUCGAUUGACGGACACACGAUGACCAUCAUCGAGGUGGACGGCGUGAACGUGCAGCCGCACGAAGUUGACCAGAUCCAGAUCUUUGCGGCGCAGCGCUACUCCUUCGUUCUUAGCGCUGACCAAACGCCUGACAACUACUGGAUUCGCGCGAUCCCAAACACCGGCACGACGUCGACCGACAGCGGCUUGAACAGCGCUAUUCUUCGCUACGAUACCGCCGACGAGACCGAUCCCACCACCUCGUCCUCGACUUCCAACCUGCUCGUUGAGACUGACCUGCAUCCGUUGGUUUCCUCGCCCGUGCCGGGCACUGCUGGCGCCGGUAACGCCGACAUCAACCUCGAGCUCGACAUUGCCUUCACUGGUACCGCGUUCACCAUCAACGGCGCGGAGUUCAUCGCACCUUCCGUUCCCGUUCUUCUCCAGAUCCUCAGCGGCAACACCACCGCCACCAGCCUUCUCCCGUCCGGCAGUGUUUACUAUCUCGAGAGGAAUAAGACCGUCGAGAUCACUAUCCCCGGUGGUGCCGCUGGCUCUCCCCAUCCCUUCCACUUGCACGGGCAUACUUUCUGGGUCGUCCGCAGUGCUGGCAACGACACGUACAACUACGUCGACCCCGUGGUUCGCGACGUCGUCAGCACCGGCGCCACUGGCGACGAUGUGACUAUCCGCUUCACCACGGAUAACCCGGGCCCUUGGUUCCUCCACUGCCACAUCGACUUCCAUCUCAACUUCGGUCUUGCUGUCGUCAUGGCAGAGGCGCCGACCGAUGUGGCUUCGAACGAAGAGGGCGGCUCCGUCACCUCUGCUUGGGAGGCGUUGUGCCCGGCUUACAACGACUACAUCGGCGCAUAG